UCGAUGCGGUGAUGAUGCUGAUGCUCCUCCGGCUGUUGCCCCAGGUCGCGGCAGUACGGUGCACUGCGUUCGGCCUCGAGUACAAAUUGCUAUGGAUGUUGGCCAGGCUGCUCUUUCUGACAGCCGCUGAAACUGCCGCUGCUGCAUCGUCCUUCUAUCAGCCACGUGAUCUUUUCAAUGAAGAAACAUGGAAGAAGGUAACCAGCCAAAUAUUGAAAAUUGGAGUGCUAUCAUUUGACCCAGCUCUAGCAAUUGUGGUAGACUCCGGCGAGCACAGGAGGAGCACGGUGAGCUGCCUGUCGAGGUGCACAAUGAGGUGCUGAGCAGCGGCGAGCUGCGGAGGAUCAUAUAGAGCUGCUGAGGAGGAUUGGGACACGAGCACGGUGAUAUCGUUGCCAGAAUUUUGGAUCUUGAAACUAGCUAAAUUUGUAACGGGUAGAAUACAUGUGGGUUUAUUUGUAAUUUGUAAAAUGAAUAGAGCAUGUACAGCUCUUUUCGGGACGGAGGGAGUAAUAUGUUUUAUUUCAAUAAUUUUACAACUACUACGCGUUUUUAAAAAUUUACG